GCUUACGUGCAUAAGAGCGUGAUGGAGGAGCUGAAGAGGAUCAUCGAUGACAGCGAGAUCACGAAAGAAGAUGAUGCUCUGUGGCCUCCCCCCGACAGGGUGGGCCGGCAGGAGCUUGAGAUAGUAAUUGGUGAUGAGCACAUCUCCUUCACCACGUCCAAAAUCGGUUCCCUCAUCGAUGUAAACCAGUCCAAAGAUCCAGAAGGCUUGAGAGUGUUCUACUACCUGGUCCAGGACCUCAAGUGUCUUGUCUUCAGUCUUAUUGGACUCCACUUCAAGAUUAAGCCAAUUUAA